AUGUGGAAUUGUACUGUGCAGCCCGUAACAAAACCGAGAGCUCCUCCAAAGCCAAAGCCAAAGGCUGCAGCGUCAACGACGGCAUCGAAGUCGAAACCGAAGGCAAUCAAGGAUGCGGUUGCUUCGGCCCCGAGUCCUACGCCUGGGAUGCUCACGCCUUCAACAUCCACGCCUUCUGUGAAGGGCAAGAAGAGCGCGGCUCCUUCUGCUGUCAAUCAGGCUGCAAAGCGUUCUGCGUCCGCUGCCGGAGGGCAGUCGCGCUCGAGGUCUACAUCAGUCAUGCCUGCUGCACCUGGGGCUGAAGGCGAUGGGAAGCCUGCUGGCGAGACGGCGGGUGUUGCGGAGGAGAAGCAACAGGCCCAGGACGACAAGUUGUAUUGCAUCUGCAAGACUAGGUAUGAUGAAGAUCGGGCGAUGAUUGCCUGUGAUCGGUGUGACGAGUGGUAUCAUACGCAAUGUGUCAAUAUGCCGGAUCUGGAGAUCGACCUGGUGGAUCAAUUCAUCUGCCCCCAAUGCGUGGAGAACAACCCGCAUCUGCGUCUGCAGACGACGUACAAGAAACGUUGCUUCAACGGCCUCAAGCAUCUAAACCCAGUCUCACCCGGCGCGUGCCAUCGGCCCGCCCGUGGUACAUACUCCAAGUACUGCUCUGACGACUGUGGCAUCAUGUACAUGCAGUCCCGCAUCCAUGCAUGGCGUGGUGACAGGGAUAGCCUUUGGGAGAGCGUCAAAGAGGCGCGCAAGCGCGAGGGUGUGGUCGUCCUCGUGAAAGACGGUGCAGAUGGUGACGCUAAGGCUGAGGGCAACGGCCACCCCUCUCCUGCGUUUACUUCAGCCCAGCCGGUCUUGGAGGUCGUCAAGCCUUCCAGGUCGAAGGUCGAGCGCGAGACGGAGCGGUUGAACGGUUUGCUCGACAAGAUCUCUCUUAGGCGUGACGAGCUCAAGAAGGAGAUGGACGUUGUCCUUUGGCGGGAGAAACUGAUAGAGUUGGCAGCGGCUCGUGCCGAACAGUUAGACGAGUGUGGGUGGGACCAACGGCUUUGCUUCGGCGAAGAGGAGUAUGCCGAGUUCGGGACGAGCGUCUUGGAAAGUUACGAAGAAGCAGGGCAGACGGCAGGGGAUGCUAUGCAAGUCGACGGUGCGCAGGUCGAGGAAGGCGAGUGGUGGUGCAGAGGACAGAAGAAAUGUGCUCGGCAUGCUGGAUGGCAAAAGCUCCGCUCGACUGAGGUUGAGUGUGACACGGAAGCUCUGGAUGGUGCUCUCUUCAAACUUACGACGCAAGAGCGGGAGAUCCGCAAACGAAUAGAGGAUGUCAUGCAUCCGACCGCACGAGCUUCCGGCGCGGAGCCUGAGGGACCCACUGUCGGGUCACCGUUACAGCCCCUCGACGGGAAGACGACAAGCAACGGACAUAGCAAACCCAAGGCCAAUGGAGAUACUGUGAAGAAAGGGAAGAAGAAGAAGAUCUGA